AUGUCCUCAUCCAGCCAGUCUAACGAUGAAGCGCAAAACUCACGCCAAACGCCUCAACAGGCCAGCCGUGCGGAAUCACGUUUGUCUUCUCGCUCUGCAUUGAAUCAUUCUAAUGCGCGAAGACACCGGGCUAGUCGUGGUGCCCCCUAUGCGCCGCCUCUGCGAGGUUCGCAAGCAAAUCCUGAUCGGACUCAAGGAUUGGCCGAUGGGCCCGCAAGGCCUGCUCAUUUGCCGCCAGGCCAUGCACAGGAAAGCCCUGUAAGGCGACCAGUUGGAACCACCACAAACUAUGGGGGCCCACGCGGGGGUGUUAGCCGACCUUGGCCUCCGUCAAUAGUACCAUUCGAAGUAGAUGAGGAGCACCUCAGUGAGAAUUUCACCGAUAACAUGGGCCGCACAUAUGACCUACGUGCACCAUACACUGAGUUUGCCGAGGAACUGAUUCAGAUCCCCAGACCGCGACAAUAUGCCAUUUUGCUGUAUUCAAUUCUAUCUGUGAGACAGUCAGUUGAGUCGCUCAUUCACUCCCGGGACAUGGCCCUUUUGGCAACUCCAACGGCGGCCUCAUUGUCGGUACAGGCGCGGUUGUUUUCCUAUUCACGUCACCUUUGGGCCUUUGUCCAGAACCGUGCAAAGGAAAUCCUUAUGGAUCCUUUUUUGGAGGUGUACUCAUGUGACCCAAUUCAAGGUGGACCGCCAGCGGGACGCAGUCUACUGGAGCAGGAUCAUGUCAGAAUGCAAUCAAACAAGUUUAAACAAGAUUACCUGCCCGCCGGGUAUGUGGAUAGAGACCCGGCAGCAGUAGCAAGCGUCAAUUCCGAGUUGCGUGAUAGGUUGAAACACGAGCGCGGUGCAAUGCGCAAUUUGUUGCUGAGCAUGGUUCACAGCCCUUCGGGCCAACCUUCCGGUACAACAGUUCCCACCUUGACCAACUUGAUUAUUGAUAUGCAAUCUUGGAUGUUGCCUAACUCCGAGGGAGACCUUCACACCGACACUCGGGUCAGGGCGCGCAUUGCUUAUCUGAGGAUUCAGACGAUUUCUCACUAUGCCCGUUGGGUGCCGGGGGAUAUUAAUCGGCAGUGGGCUUUAAUUGACAAGCAACUACAGGACCUCCGAGGACGGUGCGGUUCUUACAGGCGAGCGUGA